GCUCUAUCUGAAGAGGUUUUGGACUCACUUAUGAGUACCUAGAUAACCUGACUGAAGGCAAUCUAUCCAUCUUACAUCCAACAGCCUGCUCCUGGUCACAUGUUUGUUGGCUUGGGAGUGAUGCAGCUAUUGCUGCAACCCCUGAUGAAAUUCCUGCUGAUUCAGAGGGAAAGGGGUUAACCCUUUCAAAUUCUGGGUCAAAGGAGCACUGGGGUAUAGAGCCAGCUAUUUCAGUGCAAUGGAAAGGUUUUAAUGUGGCUACCAAUACUCAGAAUGGGUCUGAAAGUCAGACUUGAGCUGAGGUUUAGGCCAGUGAGGACAGAUGGAAGAGCCAGGGAGAAGCAGGGUUUAAAAGAUGGCAAGGAGUCAGGGGAAACCGUAGAGAUAAAAGUGAAGUGCAUGGAAGCCAAUGAUGUGGGAUAAAAGGCUUAUUUCCUAAUGUAGUCAAGGCAGGGUUGGGGAGGCUGAAGUCUGUGUAACUGCAUCUGUGUGAAAGCAGCCUGACUUUGUGAGGAAAUCCUGCCAAGGAUAUUCACAGCUGAGAUAACCUGACAUGAGAUUUUCUCACUAGCUAAAGUUGGGUGCAGAGAGGAGUCCUGUUAGACCUACAGUCUUCUUCUUCACCUGUAAAACACCCGUUUACUUCAAGCAUGGUCCUGCUGUGAUAUGUGGAGUUCCUGGGCACUAUGUCCGUACUUCUCUCCAGCAAUUACAUUGAGAUAGCAAAAGAGGUGACUAACAAAGACAAGCCUCAAGCCAGGUGGAAUACCAUAGACAUAAAAAAGCUAUAGCUCCAAACCCAAUAAUGAUAGAAGUGUGCAAUACUUCAUACAGGAGAAGGAGGUCUCCUCCCUUAUUAUUCAACUUGUAGUUAGAAGCUUAAUAUUCAAAUACAUUUAAUGAGUUUAAUUAAAAUUAUUCUGUCCUAACUCCAAAGCAAACUCAUACUUAGUGCCCUUAGAAAAUCCUGUCCCCAGACUGCUGUGCCUUCCAGAGUAACCACUAAUCUGGAAGAAGCUAACUUGAGCUAACAGAGAUGUUGGUUUUGGCUGUGCUGAGCACCCAGGGCUCCUGCUGAUGGCAAUUAAAAUGUCACAAUUCUAGCAUGUUGCAAAAGCUCCAUUAAAAAUUAAUUCACUGUCAUCUCCAGUUCCCUGGCGCCAGUACAUUCCCAAAUGGGCUUUAUUUCAAACCCUCUGUGCAGACUGGGCUGGCUGAUCGAUAAAGCACAGCUUGUUCCUAAGUGACAUCCAUUUAAACGCUCUUGGCACACACAGGCAGGAAGGGUGACAGGAGGGAUGCUGUGAUGCAAGAGUGACCUCCUCUUCUUGACUCUUGUUCACACCCUCCUGUGCUGCUGUGUGGAAUCCUGGAGUAUGAACAGCAUAAACCCCCAAAACUUCUCCCUCAGCUAAUUUCAAAGCCUGUUUACCCAACAGGAUACACAAGGAUUAUGAAGAGCAUUGCAGGGCAUGUUUGAUUAGUUUAGUCCUUACACAGUUCAGCGCAGCUGUCAGGAUAAAUGACUUCUUUAGAAGAGAGAGGGAAAAAAGACACAUUUGGUUAAUCACCAAUAUUACAGCAGUAAUAAUUCCAAAGAUUAAAUAUGCACAGCACAAACCAGCAAACCAGGAAAGCCUUUUAAUGUUAACAAUUCCCUUGCAAAGAGUCAGAUUUUGAAUAGAAAACCUGCUUCUGUUCUUCAGCACGGCCUAAUCCUAGUAACUCGAGUUCACAUCUGAAACUCACCUGCAGCUCUCAUUGUUCAGUUGCUGUUAUUACAUACCCUAUUGCUGAAAACAAUAACUGCAAACAUCAUUGCAAGUGGCAGGGAUACUGCAGCCAGAAGUGCUGCGACUUCACUGACGUCAGCUUUCUUGUCAAGUGUUUCAUAUUGCUGCCUGGCACCCACAAUCAACAGCAAAGUUGUUCUGCGUGUGCUCUUCUCAGCACCAGGUGAAAAUUCCAUUUCUGGGGAGAUUUCUGCUCCCCUUUUGUUCUUAAAGUGGGUUUAUGGGUUGGGAAGCACUGCUGGACAGAAAGGGCUGUUGCUCAGUGUGUGUCAUUCUUAGAGGGAGGAGAAGGCUAUUCAAAGGGAAUGACAUUUGCCUAGUAACAGGAUACAAAAGGCAGGCAGAAGAUCCAUGGCCUGUUCUCCGGGCUGCUGAAUUGCUCUUUCACUGGAUCUUGGGCAAUUAUUUGCUCAGAACACGUUUUUAGGGAAAUGGAGUGCCUGAGGAUGUGCAGAGCAGCUCCUGAAGUCCAGAAGAACAUUUGGACAUCUGAUACCUCCUAGUUCUUUUUUGAGCUCCUGUAUGGUUUGAAAAAGCCAUCAGGGUUUCAGUAUCUUGUGUCAUGCCUGUGUCUUCCAGCAGCCUAAAUGCUUUUUCACAACUCUGAAUUUUCCAAAGGUUGCAGAUCUCUCCCAUUCAAAACUAGAUUUUCAGUGACUAGAGAUGGUGUUGAAAUCAAAAUGCGUUGAAAUACUAAGCUGUGAGAGCAUUUGUAAACCUGGCCUCAGAAGUGUAAUUUCAAAGGAGCUAAGUGCCUACAAUUUUGACUUCUAGUAAGAGGGUGAAAACCAGUCCCUUAAAUGCCUUUUCCCUGGGCUCCUUCCUUUGUGUAACAAGGAAACAGUUUGCCACCUCAGGACAGUGUUUGGAGCUCUGUAUUAGGCAUCUUUGCUUACAAAGCACUCUUUUACAGAUACUUGCAGUGAAGCAUUUCAACCUGCUCAUCAGGAAUGAAUGGACAGGAAAAGUGGGCAGGAGUGUGUACAGACAGCACUGAGACCACCAGCUUUGGCUGUUGGUGGGGAAACUUGUUCCAUUUGCACAGACAGCUUGGUUCAAAGGGUCGAUAAAGUGCCCUCAGUAUUUAAAGCUGACUGUCUAACUAAAAUCUCUCUGGGGCAUUGUUUGCUAGUACUGUUUUGAAUGGGUAGAAGGGCAAGAUGGGUGCUGGAAGGGCCAGACCUGGAGUAAACUGGUAUUUGUGCUUCCUGAGGAUUUGUAAAGAACUCACUCUCCCCCUUGGUUCUUACAGCAGAUACAGUGAGAGAGAUGUGGAUCACAGCUGCCUUGUUCUACCUGCUCCUGGUGCAUCCGAGCUGCUCUCACCUAGUGCACUGGACAUACAAAGAAGGAGAGCUGGAUGAAGAGCACUGGGGAAAGCACUUUGCAGACUGUGCUGGCAAGCGCCAAUCUCCAGUUGACAUCCAGAGGAAAAAAGUGAGGUACAACCCGCAGUUGCUGCAGCUGGAGCUGAGUGGCUACGAUGGGCCUUUGCAGGGGGAUUUCACCAUGACCAACAAUGGUCACUCUGUUCAGAUUGAUUUGCCACCUACCAUGCACAUCUCCAGAGGGCUCCCUGGCCUCUACACAGCUGUACAGAUGCAUCUGCACUGGGGUGGCCUGGACCUGGAGACCAGCGGCUCUGAACACACCAUAGAUGGGAUGAGAUACUUUGCAGAGCUGCACAUUGUCCAUUACAACUCAGCUGACUACUCGAGCUUUGAAGAAGCCAAAGACAAACCAAAUGGACUGGCUGUGCUUGCCUUCCUGUAUGCGGAUGGACACUUUGAGAAUACCUACUACAGUGAAUUCAUUUCCAAACUGGCAAAAAUCAGGUUUGCAGGUCAAUCGACAAAGCUUCUUUCUCUGGAUGUCCAGGCCAUGCUGCCAGAAAACCUCUCACACUUCUACAGGUACCAGGGCUCACUGACAACCCCACCUUGCUCUGAGAGUGUGAUCUGGACCAUCUUUCAUUCUCCAAUUCUCCUGUCACACACACAGAUCAGCCUCCUGGAGAACACCUUGCUGGACUGGCAGAAUAGGACACUGCGCAAUGACUACCGGCACGCACAGCCCCUCCAUGGGCGCGUGGUGGAGGCCUCCUUCAGGUCCAAACCCACCCAAGAACAAUGCCAUCUGGAAGAAUUCAGCCUCAGGCUGGAACAAAUCCAGAUGCAGCUCCAAGACGUGAAGAGAGAGCUUAAAGGCACAGCUGGAGAUGUAACAGCUGGCUUUUUGGUUGUUUCAGGUAUUAAAUCCAGCACUUUUCCAUCUUUCUACUUCCCUGUGGAAAACAUCGAGAGUUUUGUGAACAUUCAUCCCCUCCAUGAUAUGUCUCUCCAAGCCUUCACCUUAUGCUUCUGGAUCAAAGCCCAGCAUGCUGGCAGCCAGACUGUUCUUUCCUACUCCACACAAGAGAAGGAUAAUGAGCUAGCGCUGACCGUGGGCACAGAUGUGGGACUGUGGAUAGGAGGCCAUUUCAUCAGCUUCCCCCUGUACCACAAGGCACAAGACUGGCUGCACUACUGCAUGACAUGGGCUUCCUGGUCUGGAACAGCAAAUUUAUGGCUCAAUGGAGCAGCUGGUAAAGCAAAGAGUAUCCAGAAGGGGUAUGUGAGCCAGGCUGGAGGGACCCUUGUCCUUGGGAAAGACAGAGACAUUCUUCUUGGGACGUUCUCCAAUGGCUUUGCAGGGUGGAUGACUCGGGUGAACCUGUGGAGCCAAGUUCUCAGUCCUGCAGAUAUUCGGGCACUUGCACUGUGCAAACCAGGGCACCUGAAAGGAGACAUCAUAGCAUGGGGAGAAACCCCCAUGACCCUCUUGGGGGGGGUGGUUCUGGAGCCUGACACCAGCUGUCAGUGACCCCAAAUUUGGUUUUUUUUUCCUUUUUUUGAAUUAAGGCAGCAGAAAAAUCCAAACUUCUGGCUGAGGAAACUUUAAAACCUGGAUGAUUU